AUGUCACCAGUCCCAAGAUCAAUCCUCCAAGCCCUCAACCUCCCAACCGACCCCGCAUACUGUACCCUCGACUCAUCCAGUCUAGGCUCCGGCUUCACAAGCACCAGCACCCUCCACGCCAAAAUCCCCAACUCAAACGGCACACCCUCAGAACGCAAAUACUUCAUCAAAACUUCCAAAGACGGCACCGCAGCACAAGAAAUGUUCCACGGCGAAUACGAAUCUCUCAACGCCAUCGCGCGCGCAGUGCCCGGUUUCUGUCCCCGCGCACUAGCCUGGGGUUCCCUCGACGAGAAGAAUGCUUACUUCCUCGCGACGGAGUUUCUCGACCUGAGCGGCGCCAUGGGUCGGGAUUCCGGGGAUGAAACUGACCCGUCCAGUUUGGCGUAUAGAUUGGGGAAAUUACAUUCGACGCCUACACCGGCUGAUCCUGAGAGUGGUCGGCGGAGAUAUGGGUUCCCCGUGCCGACGUUUUGUGGUGACACGAGGCAAGCGAAUAAAUUUUACGAUAGUUGGGCCGAGUUCUACGCGAAUGAGAGGCUUUUGAGUAUUCUUGCGUCGUCGGAAAGACGGAAUGGUCGUGAUGCGGGGCUACGGGAUCUCGUUGAGAAGACUGCGAACAUUGUCGUGCCGCGUUUACUUGCGGAUGAUCAUCUGGGGUAUAAUACCCAGGGUGAAGGGGAGGGUAUUCAGCCUGUUGUUGUGCAUGGGGAUUUGUGGAGUGGGAAUGUUGAUCGAGGGAGGAUUGUUGGGGAUAGUUCCGGGGAGGGGGGAGGGGGAGGAGUUGGUGGGAGAUCUCGUUUAUGA